AUGUCGUCCGCCCUCUUCUCCACCGACAUCAACCCCCGCCUCGGCACCCUCAACACCUUUCCCUUCCUCCCCCUGCUGCCCAACCUGCCCAACAUCGUCUCCGAGUGGGCAUCCAUCGUCCCGCUGGUCUGCCACCUCGCCAGCUUCCGCGACGACUACCUGACGGCCGGCGACGUCGCGCUGCUCGGCCGCAUUUCUCUGGGUUUGUUCCCCAAGCUCGGCGCCAUCGCCGGCGUCGCAAGGCUGCUGGAGCGCACGCCUGAGUUCCUCGACCAGGCUAGCACGCGCGGCGGCUCGAGCUGCACGGUGUGGGAUGUAAGGUGGGGCAGCGUUUUUCCGUGCGCGAACGGCGCGGCGAGCGCGGUGCUAGCGAGGUUCGUGAGGAGGAGGAGGAGGAGGGGGGAGAGGGGCGUGUCGACGGUCGUUGUGAUGCCGGAGACGGUGGAGGAGAUGGAGAGGGAGCUCGGGCAGCAGAAGCGGAAGCAGGUGCCGUGGGGGCACGGAAGGCGGAAUGCCGAUGAUGGCGAGUGGAACCAGGAUUCUGACGCCACCACCGCUGUCGCUGAGGAGAGGAAGAGUGAGGCUGACGAGAAACCGACUGCGCCAACGCACUUCCGCCGCUACCAGACACUGCAUGUGUACAGCUUUGGCCGUAGUGUGCAGCGAGGGAGAUCGGUUGGUAAACGAGUCGAGGAGUUGCGGCUGUCGGCGCUCGGUCGAAUCAUGUCGUUCCUUCUCCUUGUUGCAAUUGCCGUUGUGCUUGGUCUCUGCGGCGUAUAUGAGUGGCAUUUGUACAUCGGAGACCGGGGCGUCGUCGACUCUUUACUUAACAAAGCCAUGUUCAUGGUUCCAAACCAGAUGGGCACAAAGCUUGCAUUAGUAACCUGGUGGCUGAAGGCCGCAAACGCAUUACAGCUCCUGGGCAUGACGUACGUAGCAGCGCAGAAGAGUUGGGAUGGAGUGUGUCUGGUCGUGCUCCUGUCUGUGAACUGGCUCCUCCGCUGGGGUUCCCGGGAUGCGGGUCUUGCUAGUCGUUGGCUUGCACAGGAAGGCGUCGAGGUUGAUGUCAAGAGCUUCAAGUUUACUGGGAGGAUGCCUAUGCUGGGCGCGAUUCAAAUAUUCACCGGGACAAAGAUUACGUCGUGGAUGGACGACAUCAUUCCUCCACAUCCACGUCGGGAGGCUUGGUUGAAGAGAAUACAUGGCUUCGAUAUCGAUGCGGAUGGCUCUUGGACCAGCCACGAUCUGAGUUCCAUUGAAACAAGUUACAAGUUCUCAAUGGCGGCCGCGAAAGUCUUGAAACGCGAAUUGAACAAAAAGGGUGUUUAG